CCAAAAUGGCGGCUACUAUAUCUGUAUAACGUUUCUGUGUCAAUGUUAACUCACAGUGUUGGUUUCAGACCCGAAAACUGUACUAACCGUUACACUGAGCGACUAAGAAACUGCACCUGUGACCACAUUUCGACGCCGACAUGUUCCAGGUAAUCGGCGGAAGGGGCGUGCAGGCGGCCCGGCUCUUCGCACCCAGGACGGCCGUGCUCGUGGAGGCCGUCCGGGGCAGAAAGUCGCGCACCGACCCGGUAGCCAAGUCCAAAGAGGGGCGAAUCAAAGUGCCUGCCCCGGUCGAUCCGGUGGAGAUGGUCGUCCUCAAGGAGAGAUACACGGAGUACCGGCUGAUCACGAGGGCGCUUCGCCUGGAGUUCAAGGAGGAGAUGCUUCGAAAGAAGUACGAGGAGGAGACGGGCUCCCUGGCGGAGGAGAGGGCGAGGCAGGAGAUGGAGGAGCACCGCGCCCUCAUGGCCUGGAACGACCAGGAGAACCUCCGCUUGCUCAAACUCAGGAUACUGAGGAUCCAGAAGGAAAAGGAGGAAGCCGAGCGCAGGCAGGUAGAAGCUGCCAUUCAGCGUCAACGAGAACAGGAGGAACUGGUCAAAGAAAAAGAGAGGGAAAUUCUGCAGUUGCAGGAGGAUGCAAAGAACUUCAUCACGCUGGAGAACAUGGAUCAACGUAUAGAAGAAGCUCUGGACAAUCCAAAGAAUUAUAACUUUGCCAUUGACAAACAAGGGAGAGUUGUUAAACAGACAAUGCUGCAGUGAAGCACCAGACUGAGCCGUACGUGUCUGUCGCAGAAGACAAACAAACAAAGACGGACGGACUGAGGACUGAUCCGAGCUCAGUCUAAUUCAGUAAACAUGUGACGUGUUUUCAUUAGCGGUAGCUUCUCACGUCAACAGGAAAGUAUGAGCUUGAGUUCAGAAUGAGACCGUGUUUCUGCCUGUAUCUGGAUGUGUGACGGACGCUGCCUGCCUGUAUGUCAAGUAAAUGUAUGUUUAUUUAGCGUU